CUAAAUUUGAAAGUCAUUGUAAAGCUCAAUCGAAGAAUAGCCGUUUGAUUGGCUUCGCUUAUGCGUCUUCUUCUUCUUCUUCUCCCUCACAGAAGUCGGCUUUUGAAUCCGAAUUUGUUUUCAGAGUUUUUGUUGUUGCGAUUAUUGUUGAAGAAAUGUCUAGAGGAAAAACAGGAAAGAUCGUGGACGCAGCGUCCGAUCACAAUGAAAAAAAGGACAAGCUCACUAUAAAAAUCAACAGUAAGACUGGUUGGGAUCUCAGAGAACUUGAAGAAUCACGUGUUGACUCAAUUACAAUGAAAAUAAGUCAUGGCUAUACUAAAUCAGAUAAGGAAAUGCGCAUUUCAGGUCAUGGAGGCCCUCAUCCGAUUCUGGUAGUCAGCUCACUUCUUGAUGCAUCUGUCAGGCAAAUGAAGUUCAUGAAGUUUAAUCCUUCUGCGAGGAGAAUAGUGUGCUACAUGUUCCCUAAGGGACAAGGCACAAGUUCAGAUACACUCACUUUUGCAUGGGUCAACUUCUUCUUCUCUGGGUUUGUUUCUCUAUACAAAUUCCUGCUAUUAUUGUUUCACUGCUAUCAUUUGAGCACCACCAAAAUACCAAUCCCUCUGACGCAGAGUUUCGGAUCGAUGUUACUGAAUGGCAUUGACUUGAUCACUGUUGAUGUUAGCUACGUGAGUAGUCGUUCGUGAAGUACCCAAAAUGCGUAAAGGAUUCAAUGUUAUCUCGGUCCUUUCUCUUGUUUCAUGAGCUUUUUCUUUCACUUUUCAGGUCCAUCGCAAUAUGAAAAUCUAAAAUGUAUGAGAUACGCUAGUGGUGAUGGUGAGGUCAUUUCUCAAGACUUCCGUAGGAAGAGUGUGUGCUUAUUAAGAAAAGCAUAAAAUCCAAUUUUCUCUGGGAUCUACGCAGGUGAAAGCAGUCGAAAGCUACAACUAUUAGCAGAGAUGAUGUUUCUUGCGGUGAUGUGUUGUCAUAGCAAGAAAGUUGCACCAAAACUGAAUAGACAAGUCACAGUCUAUCCAUGGCGACCAAUUGUUUACGAUCAACGUUACAUAUUUAGUCAGAUCAAUCGAAUAAGGUAUCACAGGGUUCUUAAAUCUAUAUGUAGUCAGAUCAAUCGAACUAAAGAAACAAAGAGAAGUGUACAUGCCUUCUUAUCAUUCAUUGUAUUGUAUGGCUAAUGAACAAUGCCAGUAAGUGGAAAUUGCUGAUAACUGUCAUCUCUGAAUAACACACGCUUACCCCUCUGCAAAUCACCGAGUAAGUUGUCAUUUUAUUCAUCUCAAAACAAUCUCUAAUACAUAUGACUAUACGUUUUUCAGAAUUUCAGUAUCGAUGGGUCCUCUUUUAUAAUGUUAAAAUAUUUCAUAUCUGCAAAGGCG